AAGAGAACUCCUGGACGUCUUCCAGGCUGCUUCUUAGGAGGCAUUAUUGCCCAAGGCUACUCCACGGUUUAGAGCAACCUAAGGAGGCAGCUCCUGCCUGGGCCAUGGCCAAGGUUGAGGCAGCACAGGUCUUCCUAACAUUUGAGGAUGUGGCCAUCACUUUCUCUCAGGAAGAGUGGGGGAUGUUGGCUGCUUGGCAACAGAAAUUGUACUGGGAUGUGAUGAAAGAGAACUAUGAGUCCUUGAGUUCUUUGAGUGCUGCAGGCAGGUUGGGAGCCCUGCCAGACUUAUUCUGGACACUGGGACAGGUCUUUGAAACCUGGGAAGAUCAGCAGAACUCAUUGAGGAGAGAUAACUCAGAAAGCUCCUUCUUGGGUGUUGAGGCCAGUAAACCUUCCAGGACAGAAAGUCCUGAGAAACAGCAGUUCAGGGAAGAUUUUCUAGGGGAACAAGGUGAAACAGAUCCUCAAACCCCCAGCCCCAAAAUGUCUCCAGAAACAGAUCUCCUGUCUCUUGGACAGAUGGAUAGUUUGGUGAGGACUGAGCCCAGUGACAACAGGAGAGAUAAUGGAGCUUUCCACAGCCUUUCUCCAGGUGAGAGAGCUCUCAUGGAGAAGAUACAAAACCAGGAGUUAGUUUCUGAGAAUGAGCUUUCUCUGAAACCUCACCAUUGCCCUGAGUGUGGAAAGCACUUCAAGAGACGCCAUGAGCUUAAAGUACACAAGCGUGUCCACACCAGGGAACGGCCUUUCCCCUGCCCAGAGUGUGGGAAAUGCUUCCGGCAAAAGUCAGCCUUGAUGACCCAUCAGUUGGUGCAUAGCAAAGAGCGCCCCUUCCCUUGCCCUGAGUGUGGGCGCUGCUUUGCCCAGAAGCAGUAUGUGAGGAAACACCAGUGGGUGCAUAGAAAUGAGCGCCCCUUCCCCUGCCCUGAUUGUGGGCGCUGUUUUACCCAGAAACAAUACCUCAAGAAGCACCAGCAUUUGCACAGCGGGGAGCGUCCCUUCACCUGCUCAGAAUGUGGACGUUCCUUUUCUCAAAAGCAAGACCUCAAGAAACACCAGCAUGUACACAGUGGUGAGCGCCCUUUCCCUUGCCCUGAGUGUGGCCGUCAGUUUGCCCAAAAGCAGGAUCUGAAAAGGCACCAACGUGUGCAUAGUGGUGAGCGGCCAUACCCUUGUCCUGAAUGUGGGCAUCACUUUUCCCAAAAGCAGGACUUGAAGAAGCACCAGCGUGUGCACACUGGUGAGCACCCCUUCCUUUGCUCUCAGUGUGGGCAUCACUUUGCCCAAAAACAGGGCUUGAAGAAGCACCAGCGUGUGCACCAGAAAGCACAGGCUGGCAAACGGCCCUUCCUAUGCCCUGAUUGUGGGCGUCCCUUCGCCCGGAUGUAUUACCUAAACAAGCACCAAAACAACAUUCACAACAGUGAGAAUUCUUUCGCUUGCCCUGGCUGGGAUCAGCCAUUCAGCAGCAUGGCCAGUACUUCCAUCAGCUUUGAAUUGAUCAAGCUCGGACCACUGGACUGGUGAGCAGAGGUCUUCCAUUGAUGCCCUUUCCAAAUUGCCCUGAAGAAAAAUGCCAUGCUCUAGAACCAUCCUGUAUCUAUCUCUUCACAGAUUCCCAUUUAUCUGCCCAAUGGCCUAAUCUCUCAUGGUCCUAGCUGGAAAAGAUUGGUUAAGGAUAUUUCCAUACUGGAGAGUGUUCAGCAAAGGAUGACCAGGACAUUGAGGGAAUUAGUCACUUCCCCAUAUGAUAAGAAGAUAAGGCUGAUUAACAUGGAUGUUUAGUCUGAAGAAGAGAAGAUUUAAAGGAGACCUAAAAGUUACUGUCAAAUGUUUGAAGUGCUAUAAUGCAGAAGAGGGAUUAGACUUUGCUUUGUUCCAGAGAACAAAGCUAUGAACAAUCAUUUGGAGGGAAACAGAUUGGGUUCGGUAUAAAGCAAGAAUUUUCUGUGAGAGCUCUUCCCAAAGUGGGUUAGGCUGUCUCAGGAGAUAAUAGUUGCCCCCUUUUGGGGUUGUCUUCAGGCAGAAUCUUGAUUAUUUAUAGGGGAUGUUGUAGAGAGGAUUCCUAUUUGGGUUGAACCUGGAACCUGGUGUCUUCUCGGAUGACUUUCAAAAGUGAGAUUCUGUGAUUCUGUUUACUAUUCCAGCUGAGGUCUUAUAGACUGAUAAUGGUUUAAUUAAAUAAUAUUUUUUCAUCUGAACAAGAAUCUUCCAUACCUUAUCUCAAGGGUUGGAAAUCUUUCAUAAAACUUUACAAAUCUUCAUCUAUUCAUUCCCUGAUGGAGGAAAGGUGGAGUGUUCCAGAGGUGGUGGUUGCUACCAGCAGGUUCUCAGUUCCUCUAAGUAGUCAGUCUGGCCAGGUUGGGGUUUGUUAUAUGAAAAGGAAGGCUUUUCUUUUGUUUAGCUUGCUUUUUAGAUGCAAUGGUCUUGUUAGUACACACCUUAGAAGUAAUUAAUGACCAACUUAGAGUAAACAUCUGGGAAAAGUAGCCAACUUUAAGGAAAAAAAGGGAGAAGAAGGCCCAGGGGGGAAAUGUACCUACCUAACAAUUUUCAUGGAUCUGGCUCUAACCAUAUUCCUCAAUAUCAUUUAGUAUGGCACUUCAGUUUGACUACCAUUGAUUGCUGACCUUGGCCUUCAGCCAAAAAGUGAUUCCCCAAAAAGUGAAAGCCCAAGGAUUUCAAAGUUCCAAGGCCUUUAGGGAAAGCAUUUUGGGAUGUCAUGAUCAUAUGAGCUUAUGGAUCCAUAAAAAAAUACCAGUUGGUGCUCAACAGUUCCAUCAAAGGACAAUGUGUGCAUUAUUUCCUUGAGGAUUAAAUUGAACGGCUUACCAGUUAUCAUCAUGUUCUUCAUGGGAAACUUCUAAAGCAAGUUGAGGAAAUCUAUACUGAGUAAUACAGCCAAUUCUCAAUUAAUUAUAUUUAAAUUAUUUCAUUGAAUAAACUAGGGGGAAGGGAAGCAAGGCAGCUUUUAUAUAGCAUCUACUAUGUACCAGGCACUUUACAAAUAUGAACUCAUUUGAUCCUCAUGACAACCCUGGAAAGUAGGUGCUAUUAUCAUCCUCAUUUUCCAGUUGAGAAGUAGAGGUAAGUAGAGGUUAAGACUUGCCUAGGAGGGGUAGCUAGGUGGCUCAGUGGAUAGAGAACUAGGUCUAGAGGUCCUGGGUUCAAAUGUGGCCUCAGAUACUUUCUAGUUAUGUGACCCUUGGUAAAUCACUUAAUCCUAAUUCCCUCGCUCUUACCAUUCUUUUGCCUUGAAAUUGAUACUUAAUAUCUAUUUUAAGGUGGAAGGUAAGGGUUCAAAAAAAAUAAAAAACAGCAACAACAACAAUAAAAACUUGUCCAAGAUCACACAGCUAGUGGCUGAGGAUAGGUUUAAACUGUGGUCUUCUCAACUAGACACAAAACCAUAUCUACUUCACCACCUAGCUGCUUUAGCAUUCAGCAAAGAUUUAUUGAAUGUUAAUAUUGUGAAAAUUAUAGUGCCUUGCAUAUAGUAACCUAAGUGAUUAAUUGCAUUGAAAAUUGUUUAAACUCAGACUGAAUUUCUCUAGGUCUCUCACCAUUUGUGAACCACCUUCUACCAUUUUGUGGACUGUUUUUAUGGAAUGCCUACUUCAUAUUUGCAAAGGAAAAGUUUUCUUUGACUUGAUGCCCAAGACAAGGAAGUAAGAGGCCUGAAAUGUAGAAAGGGAGUAUCAGAGAAAACUCAGAACUUUAAAAAAGAUGCAUACUUUAAAAGUUUUAUCAUUUGGAUGAAAGAAUCAUACCUAAGGAAGCCAGCAGAAUUGCCACAGGUAGGCCAGAGGGAAAACAAAUUUAGGAAACAGAUAAAAAAUUGGGAAAACAUGACAGAUAUUUCACUACUUAGUGAAAUAAGCUCCAACUUAGUAGGGCAUUAUUUGACUUCUCUAUAUUAACUAAAAAAAAAAAAUAAACCUGUAAGAUAUAGUGGUAGAAAAGUCAAGUAGUCAACCUUAGUCAUUGACCAUUUUCCCUGAUAACUGUAUUGUCAAAUAUUCAUUGCAUAUCAGCAUGUUGGUAUAGAUUUCUGAAAUAAAGUAUGGCAGGUGACUUGAGGAAUGAUCUACCAGAAAAAAGUUUGUUAUUAGAAAGUUUUGGUUUUUUUCAAACACUUGGAAUAAAACUGGGGUUUUGAAAAAGUUCUCUGGCAUACCCUUUUAUAUUAAUGGAAAUUGUAUUUUCCAAAAUAAAACUUAUAGUGCCAGGAGAAUAUUAGAAACAGCCUGUAUUCUUUUGCCUGCUAUAGAAGCUUGCCGUUCUCUAAUAGUUUUCUAUGUCAUCUUACCAAUAUCCCCACAAGAUUUAAUGUCCCUUGCUGCCUGUGAGAGAGGGUAACAGUUAGGUAAGGGGUGGAGAGGCAGCUGGGACACAAAUUCCUGAAGAUUUCACAGUUGAUUCCUGAACACCCAGCAUGAAGGUAGAUUGGGGAAAUUGGGAUUGUGACUAGGCAGCCUUUCUUCCUUUGGUGAAUAAUAGUAGCAUACCACGAGAGAGGCAUUAUAGGGUCAUGGAUGGUGCUGUGGGUGGGCACUCAGAAUCGGAGCUAUGGAUUGAGUUUCUGGAUCACUGGAUUGUAGUCUCUAAAUCGCCUUUGGGAUUGCUCUGGAUUCUUCUUGGACAAAAUGGAACAUGACAGAGUGAAGUGAGCUAGCCUUGGAGUCAAGAAGACCUAUGUUUACAUCACCCCUGACACUCUUUAAAUUGCUUAGCUUCCUUCAUCUGAAAAAUGCAGAUAUCUGGAGCACUUGCUUGUAUAUAAAGAGCUUUGCCAAACUUUAGAGUGCUUUGUAAAUGUAUGUUGUUACUAUGCGCAUAUGACCUUGUCCAUGGGGAACCUGAUGUAUUGUAGGGGGUGGGAAAGUGUCCUGGGCCUCUCCUAUCCCUUUAAAUAAAAAAAAAAAAGAAAUA